AGGUCACAAAUAAAACGGGCGCCGUCCGAUUUAACGAUUUUUAUAAAAUCGGCAGAUUUUUUGAUGUCGUGGACGCCGGGCGAUUUAAAAUCUGAUACAUUGCGUGGUCAUGAAUGAAACAGUCGUCGGGCGAUUUUUUGCCGAAUGGAUUUUACAGAAAGAAUUGAACGGGUCGGGCGGUCGCCGCACGAUGUCCGUACGGCGCCUGUGCGAUUUAAAAGUGAAUCGGACGGUUGCCGCGCGGGCGCCGGGCGACAAUGACUUUACAUUUAAUGACAUCCUUUAUAAAUCAGCCAGUUGUAAUUAUGCCACCAAAGAGGUCAGCCGCAAAAGCUAAGGGGAAGGCCAAGGAGGUCCGUAAUAGUGACACCGAGUCACCAACGGCCAAUAUCGAGGCCGUAGAAGGCGAAGGUCCAUUAGAUACACGCAUGGACAUUGAAGAAAAAAUUGCUGAUUUUUUCGAAGAAAGACCAUUCUUCUAUAAUCAAGGUGACAGUGAUUACAAAAACAAACAAAAGAGAAAUACAGAACUUUUAAAUUUUGCUGCUGUUCUUGGCCAAGGACACACAGGUAUUUUCAAAUUUUAUUACCCGUCUUUAUGGAUUCAUUAACAACUAAUUAAAAUGUUCGUCGAUGUAAAUAGGCGUUCACCUGGCUUAAACGACCAUGUCGUUUUUGUUUUGCAAUCAUUUGUUUGUUUGCGAUUUUGGAAUAAGAUAUUAUUAUUGCGUUUGGCCACUUUUUAUCUUUCGACUUUAAUAAUAAGUGGUCAGAGGUGGGAGAAAAGAAUCUUUGAUGUUUACCAACAUGUAGAAUCUAUUGUUUAAUCCAAAUCAUAAAAGAAAGUGCCGAAACUUAAAUGGUUGUCACACAUUUUCCUAUUGAUCGGAAGUUAAAUAAAGACAAUUAUUAUGUUUUGUAAAAAAACCUUUAUUAUUCAAGAAGAUAAAUAUUUUUAUCGAAUAAUAAGUAUCAAUUAUGGAGAUUAUUAAUCGUGAGUGCAUUUAUCUACGUUACAUUUAUGCAAAGCUUCAAGCCAGGAUUGCUUCUAUUAUGGAAGGAGUGUACAUAUCAAACCAUUAAUAUUUAUAUACGUUUGUAAAUAGUGAAAACUGAUGAUGGUUAUGAUUAUGAUAAUGAUGAUGAUAAUAAUAAUGACUGAUGAUAAUGAUUCAGAUUACUCUAUGAUUAAAAUAGAUUUAGUAUACACAUAACGAUAGCCAACUAUUAUAAUAGCUUUUCUUAAAAAAUAUAUUUGAAUGAGAACUUGAUCCUCCAUUGAGUACCCACCUAUUUUAAGUAGCCAAAAUGACUGUAUGUCUUGGAUGGCUGUUUAAGACAGCCUUGACUGUAAUUUAAAAAUAAACAUAUUUAUAACAUUAUUCACACUUGGACUUUUACUUGAAAAACCAUGUCCUUGUAUAUGUGAUGACCUUAAAGAGUACCUUUUUAGUAAAUGAAUACACAUGAACCACCAAAUUUUGGAACACCAAAAAAAGUAAACAGCAUCGUCUGAAACUAAGCAAAUUUUAAGCAUCUAUAGAAGAGUUGUGAAUUAUUGUACGACCAUGCAAUUACCUUUUUAUAUUUUUUGUAGCUGAUAACAUUUGGAAGCGGUUCGUUUCAAUACGAACUGACAUAGGCAAAAUAAAAAGGCUAAUCAGUCAGGGAAAGUCUGGUCAAGGUGCGAAGAAACUCACCAUGUUACAGCAAUGGAAGCUUCGUAGAUAUGCGUUUCUCGAUUCCUAUCUUAAGCCACGGGUACUUUGCGAGGAGCUUGGAAAGGACAUAGAGGACGAUGGGACUGAGGAUGGAGAUGAGACAGGGAGCUUUGACCAUGAAGAGGAUGCGGACCUUGGAACUACCACAACCACGGGUGCCAUUCAGUCAAUUGGCGAAAGGACAAAGAAGAAACCAAAAACAAGCUCCAGCGUUGUUAAUGUACUUCAAAGUUUGCUGGAUGUUACCCGUCAGGACAUGAGAGCGGCAGAUCAAAGGGUAGAACGUUUGUGUGCAGAUGAAAAAGCCAAAGCUGGAGACGAACGGACUGCCUGGGGCCAGUGGCUAACAAGUGCCUGUCUUGCAGUGCCUGCACAGAGCUUUAGACAGUUUCAGAGAGACACCUUCGAGGCGACUAUGCGCUAUUUACCGGCUGUUACAGUUGCUGGAAGUCCUCGCAUGCCUCCUCCCUCGCAGGUCUUUCCUGUCAGUUUGCCAGCUUUCCAGCAGCAACAACCACCUCAGCUUCCGGAUCAGCAACAGUCGUACCUUUCUAUGCUUCAUGACAAUGAGCAGACAACAAUCAAUGAGACUACGUCGGACAAUAUGUCGUCAGGUCGAUCUGCGAAGACAAAAAGUACGGCAAGUUUAAUUGCACAGGCAUUCCAGGCUGUGAACAUUCCCAGUGUUCACAGUUCUCAAGACCUUGCAAGCGAAGCUAGGCAGACACAGCAGACAAUGUCGUCAUCACCAUCUACACAAGUAGAGGACCGCAGCCUGUAUCCACUAGCUAAUCAACAACAGAAGUAAUGCGUCAUUUUGUAUGGGUGCUCAAAACAUUAUAGAACUUUGAUGCUAUUCAGGUUGCUCGUUUAUUUUUUUAUUAAAAAAAUAUAAUUCGGACAAGAAGUUCGAUUAAUGAACAAUUUAAUCAUUAUUAGAAUUUCAAAUACACAAAUCAAUAACAUAAAAUUCGGUACAAAAAUCCGUUCACAAUGUAUAAAAGUUAAACCGAAGUAAUUAUGUAAUACUCUUACUUAUGAUCAUUGACUUACCCUGUUUAUGUCUGCAACAUUCACUGUAAAAUGUUUAAUUUUUUAGUAUUCUGUGAAACACACAUAACGCGUAAUAUGCACAAA